UUUUUGUUUAUAUUUCCUUUUUUUUUUCUUUUCUCUUUUUUUUUUCUUUUCCCGUAUUCUAUCUUUAGAAAUCAUGUCAUCACCACAUCGACCUUAUGAUUGUCCAUUAUGUCCUAAAUCUUUUUUUCGUUUAGAACAUCGUAAUCGACAUAUUAGAACACAUACAGGAGAAAAACCACAUGCUUGUACAUGGCCAGGUUGUGAAAAACGAUUUUCAAGAUCGGAUGAAUUAACUCGUCAUCAACGUAUUCAUCGAGGUGGUAAAAUCAAAAGUGCACCUGCUAGUCCUUCUUUACCAAGCAUGUCGUAUGACAAAUUUUUACCAACCCCACCGGAUCUUUCCCCCGUAUUAACUCCUCAUGUAGUGGAUGUUACUUUACCACCCUUGAUGUUCAUCACAUCUCCAUAUCCUGCUUCAAGGCCGAAGAAUGAUACCAAUGUUGAUGAUGAUGUUGUCCCUAUACCAAAAGCCACUUAUGAUUUGAAAUCUUUCCAUUUACCCCAAUCUGCUAAACCUUCUCCUACCUCUAUUCAAUUCCUAUUAGAUGCUUGAUUCCCCCUCUUUCUUUCUUUACAUAAUAAACAUUGAUAUAUAUAUAUAUAUAUAAAAGAAGAUCGCUUUUAUUACAAAAAGAAAGAAAGUAAAAAUAAAUAAUAUAAUGUACAUGGUAAAUA